CACUUUUUAAAAGAAAGAAAAUUGUUGAAAUAAAUCUAUACUGUUUUUUCAAUUAAUAUUUGCAUUUAUUUUAGAUGUUUUCAUUAUGAGUUGCAAAUUAUUUGAUUUGGAACAUUUGCAACAAUUAACUUAUGAAAGAUCAAAGACUUGGGCCAGUUUUUUGGAUAAUGUAGCCAAAAAUGAAACACUUGAAGAGAUUGACAUUAACAACCUUGAUAAAGUUUAUGGACCCGAAUUUGAUGAGGAUGAUACACAUGAGGAGUUAGCCUCAAUGGAAGAUGAUGAGUGCGACGAUGUCACUGUAGAUUCGGAGAUUUUAAAAAACGUCACUAAUACAACAAGAUUUUCAUUGCUGUUCAAUAAUAAAACAUUGGCUCUACCGGAGGGUGCAAAAAGUGAAGAAAAUAACAAAUUAUUUGAUAUUUUUAAUCAAACUAUUCCCGUAAUUAAUGAACACAAUCGCCAAAUGAAAGAGUCUGGUUUUGAAAGAAUUCUAAGUACAUUUGACAAACAGAAAAUCGAAGAUAAAGUUGGCAGCUGGUUAAAUCGUCACAAUACAUUGUAUGGAGGUGACAACACUCUGCUGUAUACAGUCUCCAAAAUGAAGGACUCUAAAAAAAAAGAAUAUCAAACAAAGUCAGCAACUAGACUGGGAACUGGCAAUAGAUCUUGUAGAACUCGCAGCCCCAAUAAGAAGGAAGUCAGUAACGAUUCUGAUGAUUCCUUACAAUCUGGAGAGACAGCUAGAUAUAUACGCUCCAGUAGAGCUGGUGCUAUUAAAAAUGCUUCCUCUACGACAACCAUGAUUAAAACUUAUCGAAUGGUCAGGAGCACCAGAGAGGCUCUACGCGAAAAGUAUGCAUGCGAAAAAGCCGACGACGAAUACCAUCUUAAAUCUGUACGGCAUCGUCGUCGAUUUGCCAAUGACUUGGAAUAUCAUCAUAAUCAUUAUGACCUGGCACGAUUACAGAAAUCACGUAAACAUGAAAUGGCAACGCUGCCACCGCCAUCAUCAGUUCACAAAGAUAGACGUAAAGUGUUGCGCAAACGUACAUAUAGCAACAGUUGUAGUACUAUAGAUUCAUCUUCCGACUCAGAUCAGUACUAUGAUGAAGAUCGUCGAUUUCAUCGUAAACAUCUGGCAUCUUGUUGUAAUCAGCAUCACUAUUCAGCGCGUCGUAAUAAUUAUACAUCGACGACUGCACCUAAAAAUGUUGCUAAAAGGGUAUCACAACGUAGUGCCGUAAAAAUGCCUUCGGCUCGUUUGAAUCGUAUGUACUACUAUACACAUUCCCAAACAAAAUCGUUGUCGUCGUCAUCAUCAUCGACUUCAGCAUCAUUUAGCAGUGCAUCUGAUAGACGUCGGGCCAUUAAGAAUAAUUGCAACUUUUAUACGGACAAUAGACCCUGUAGACGUGAAUCGGAUUGUCGCUGUUGCAACGAAAGGAACUUGUGCGAGGAAUACAAACAUGUUGCUGACACAUCUACUGAUGAAUGGUACGUUGAAAAUUGUUGUUCACCCAAAAAAUCCCUAAAAACUCCAUCUUCUUCGCACUCAAACCCCACCUAUAAAGCGUUGACUUAUGAAACCGAGCAACUGCCCGUAUUAACUGAGAAAAUGGAUGAAGAUGACACAACUAAACAAAAUAAAAAAACAAUAAGUUUGAAGAAUGCUUCCGUUAAAAGACCUAAACAGAAAUCGAAAACAACUAAAUCAACAACUACUUCAAAUGCUGCCUGUACAAUUGAAGAUGAAAUUUUCGAUCGGGAACUACAAAUGGCCAUAGAAGCCUCAAAGGAAUUAUAUGAAAAAGAACAAGAAACUAAAACUAACCAGGAUAGUGUAAAGACAAAAGAAAAACAUGAAAUAAUACCCACGAAACCUUUAAGGAAGACUUCAAAAAAGACUGACCAGAAGCAAAAUGAAUUCAAGGAACAAAAAAAGAGUACUGCACGCAAAAGAGAAAUCACUAAAAACCGCAGUGCCAUUGACAAAGAAGAUGAAGUUAUUGAAAAACUACCAAAAUUAUUGGAUGAAGUGAAAGUUGAAAUCAUAGAUCUGAGUGACGAUGAUAAAAACUUUAUUCGGCCUAAACCAGUAUCUGCAAAAAUGCCAGCAACGAAAAAUAAGAAUUCAACAAUAACUACAACGGAAGAAACAUUUUUUGCACCCACUCCAACUCAAGUUAUUUGCAAUUCCACUGCCUUGUCUUCUAAGAGCACGGCCUAUUGCAGGCAAAUUACAGAUAAGUUGCCCGGAGAAGAUAAUGAAUCAAACAAAGUUAGCAAAACAAAAAAAUCUAAAAUACAAUUAUCUCUUAAGACUACUAAGAAAAAGGCCACAUCAUCCUCGUCUACAAUUUCGGCCAACAAAUUACAAACUAAAAAGACUGCUGCCAGUACUACGGUGACCUCGACCACUAUACGUUCGCCAGAAAUAAAUUCUACCUUAACUACAACAGAAACCCAAACAAAAGAAAUAAUUCCAGAAGUUGAAAUGAGUUCUGAUGAACUUAGUGAUUGCACUCUAGUGACGUCUACCACAAAUAUCGAACCACCUCCUUUAAUAGAAAUGCAACCAAAGCUAGAGGACUCCCAGCCACAAGAUGCAACUCUAAACUCAAAUUAUCCACGGACUCAAAAGGGCAUUCUUAUUUAUGCUCCUCAGAAUCGUUCUAUGGUACCAGCUCACAGUUUUACCAAUGAUGGUUAUUUUACCAUCACCAAAGAGCAUUUAAGCAGUGUUAUUGGUGAGAAACCAGCUGAGAAAUUCCUUAAAUAUUAUAUUGGCCGUAAACGUUUCAAUCGUAAUUCCACCAUAUACUUUAGACCUCCAGCUGGUCGUUCAUUGGACAGUAAUAAUAUGUCCUCCUCUUCGGAUAGUGAUGAUGACUUGGAUAGUUUGGGACAAUAUGGUGAUCUUUAUGAAUCUCUUAAUAAAUCCUAGGAAAGCAACAGAAAUAAUUAAAUAAAAAAAUAAAUAUAUUUAAUAGUUUUACGUUGAAAAUUUAUAUGUAAUGCCCAUUAUUAAGUGUUUUAUGUAAGAAAAAAUACAAAUGUUAAAUAAAUAUUUUAAUUGUAAUGUUAAAA